AUGCUGGCUCUGGUUCCACUGGGUAUUGGAUUACACUUCACCUUCAGAGGAAAGAGUGCAUCAGGAAACACCAUCCUGCGUGAAGAGGCCUUCAGAGUCGAGGUGUCUCCUUCAUCUGUGACCGCAAACUGUAAAGUGAAGAACAAAGUCCUGGAUGGAAAAAACAUCACCAUAAUUGACACUCCUGGUGUCAUGGACACGUGGUUAAUAUCAGACCAAAAGACCCACGAUGCACAUGAUUGUAUCUCCAUGUUUUCUCCCAAACCACAUGUGUUCCUGUUGGUUAUCAGGCUCAGAAGAUUCACAGUGGAGGAAAACAACGCUGUGAAGUGGAUUCAGGAGAACUUUGGAGAAGAAGCUCUGGAUUUCACCAUGAUCCUCUUCACUGGUGGAGAUCUGCUGGAAGGGAAGCCAGUGGAGAAGUUUAUUAGUAAUAGUUAUGAUCUCCAGAAUCUUGUAAACAACUGCAAAAGUAGAUAUCAUGUUUUUAACAACUAUGAUCAAAGUAACCACACACAAGUCACAGAGUUGUUGGAAAAGAUCAAUGUAAUGCUACACUUGAACAUGGGUUACUUUUACACACAAGAGCGGAGUGACUAUAAGAGCAGAGAGAUGGAAAUCGGACAGGAAGAGGAAUUUAAGAGGAAAACUAUGGAAGAAGAAAUGCAGAUGGAGGAGAGGAGGAAGAUGAAUAAGAUGGCAAUAAAACUGAGAGAUGAGCAGCACGAGAACAAAAAUCUGAAGGCAGAAAUGAAACUAACUGGAGGAUUGGAGGAUUUUCAGAACGAAUCAUAG